CGCAACAAAACACAACCAACUAGCAACCCUCAAGAGAUACAUCACAGCGAAAUGGAGUUCUGCUACAGUUUAUUUCAUCCUACAGCAAGCAAAGAUUCAUGGAUGUGCUGGACCAUCAUCUUCUCAAUGAUGUCACUGUGGACAAGUGUGGACUGUUGGUCCUACUACUACUCAAACGAGACCAUGAACUGGCAGGACGCUCGCUCCUGGUGCAAGAAGAGCUACACUGACAUGGUGGCCAUCCAGAACCAGGAGGAGAUUGCUCAUCUGAACAAAUGGCUGCCGAAAAAAGACACUUAUUACUGGAUCGGGAUCCGCAAGAUCGACAACAUUUGGACCUGGGUGGGCACCAACAAAGCUCUCACUCCAGAAGCCACCAACUGGGCGCAAGGCGAGCCCAACAACGCCAAAGAUAAAAAGGGAUCAGGAGAGAAUGAGGACUGUGUGGAGAUGUACAUCAAAAGAGCAGAGCAAGCGGGGAAAUGGAACGAUGAGAGGUGCACCAAGGCAAAAACCGCUCUGUGCUAUACAGCCGCCUGUAAGGACGACUCGUGCCUGCAUGGAGAGUGUGUAGAAACCAUCAACAGCCAUCGAUGUGAAUGCCAUGAAGGGUUUUAUGGGGACAAGUGUGAACACGUUAUGGAAUGUAACCAGGAGGAUGUGACGGCUCCUCGUAACGGAGGCGUCCAGUGUGCUCACAAGCACGGAAACUACACCUUUGACUCCACGUGCAACUUUUCAUGCGAGAAGGGCUAUGAACUCAGCGCACCUGGACCGCUCAGGUGCACAGCCUCAAAGACCUGGUCAGCGGAAAGGCCAGCCUGCAACUUGGUCCAGUGUUCACGGCUGCCCAGGCCAUUGAACGGCUCCAUAAGAUGCACUCAUCCUCUUGGACCUGACAGCUACCAGUCGACAUGCUUCUUUUCUUGUAAUGAGGGUUAUGAACUUGUGGGGGGUGAACCUGCUGCUCUGCAAUGUGACGAAUCAGGAGAGUGGAACGCGUCUGCACCCAUCUGUGCUGCUGUCCAGUGUCCAGCUCUCCCAAAGUUGGAGAAUGGCAUCACCAACUGCGAUGUUGAUGGAGACCUGCGGUUCAGCUUCGGAAAUGCUUGCCACUUCAGCUGUUCAAGUGGCUAUAAGUUGGUUGGACCGAGCAGCGUCAGAUGUUCAUCAUCGGCAGAGUGGAGCGAGAGGAUGCCCUCAUGUGACGCAAUUACCUGCUCCCUCCUGGAAGAGGAGAGUCACCUGAUCACAAAGUGCAGCCAGCCACUGGACAAUCUGCGCCCAAACUCCAUCUGCAGCUUCACUUGUGAAGAUGGUUAUGACCUCCAGGGAGCAGAGACCACCCACUGCUCUGAAGAUGGACUGUGGACGGAAGCCAAACCCACCUGCCAAGCUGUGAAGUGUCCACGGCUUGAAGCUCCGGAAAAGGGUCACAUCAACUGCUCGAAAGCUGAGCAAGACUUCAACACUCAGUGCUCAUUCACAUGUGACCACGACCACCUAUUAGAGGGACAUGAGCUGAUGAUAUGUGAUCGCCAUGGCAACUGGACUGGAGCUCUACCUGUUUGCAAAGCUCCCAGCCCUCAAAUAGCCAUCGUCGCCUCCAGCGUGGCAGUGGGGGCUGCUGCGUCACUGGCUGUUUUUUCUCUGGUGCUGUGGCUUCUGAAAAGACUGAGAAAAGGAGCAACAAAGUUUGAACUUAACAGUAACUCUGACAUCGAAGAUCCUCCACAAGUCUACAAGAACAGCAUCGACAGUCUCAUUUAAAGCAACCACUUCAAUCUCAUAAUGUUUAUGUUUCGUAAGAUUAUGUCCGAUCUUGUUGUGUGUCCUCUCAGUGAGAGGUGAUAUUGAACAUGUUGUUCACCAGUUUUUGUAACUAGCCCCACCCCCUUAUUGUCACUUCAACUGUGAAUAUUUAUGUAACUCGUCAUGUUAAUAUUUAUUAGUAUUAUUAUAUUAUUUUAUACUGUACUAAUACUACGUCAAUAAAGACAAAAGUUUAGCUAAAUAAGUUUUCGCUCAAUCUUUUUUUGUAUCACAGGUGCUCAAGCUUCUCUGAGGUUUUCGAGCAAUAUUUAUUACUUGAUUUCAAGGACCCAUAUUUCUUCACACGGUCACCCAACGAAUACCACAGUGAAAAAAUGAUUACAUUAAGUACUUAAUAUGCAACUUUGAGAUGAACAAGAUAGCAUGUAAUGUCCAUGGAUCGAGUUUGAGGGAACAGUUCUGUGUUU